AAGACGUAAACAGCAAUGAGACCCUUGUUAGGACGCGUCAUUUUGCGAUUGUCCGUAUAGAGAAACAUAUUCGUGACGAGUGUCGAAUUUUAAGUUCCCUCAUCGCAGAGUUCUUCUAAGUAUUUCAAUUUUAACUUUUUGAUAUCUAUACUCAGUUUAUAUAGAUAUGGCAAGUGGUGAAAAUGAAUUUAAUUCCAGUACAGACUAUGAGCUGUUGGCGUUAUUCGACGACAUUUCCGCGUUGUCACAUCUCGAAGAUAAUAGUCUCGAGGAGACGUAUCUGAGUUUUCUCAACGAGGUUCAAUCGGAUGACAAUACACAACCGGCACACACUAGUAGUGUUCAGGAAAAGGUAAAGGAACAACCGGUUCACGCGGCAAACGGCCAGGAAGAAGUGAAGGAUGUGUUUGCUGUGCCGAAAGUGUACACAUGUAUAUAUUGCUACAAACAAUUCUAUAAUCAAAUGGCAAGUCACAUGCAUCAGGUCCGCCAUGCGAAACAACAAUUGCAAUGUCCGUAUUGCAAAACGAGAUCGUACAAUGCUAGCAUACUUCGAAGGCAUUUUCAAUAUUUUCAUCCGUAUGCUUCAAAACAAAUAUCAGUCAGAAGACGUUUGUGGUAUACUGUGACCUUUAAUUAACUAAUUUCGUCUGAAUUCCGAGAGAUAUCAAACUCCUCCGAAUAUUAAACAGUUUUUAUAUUUUUAUUUGAAAAAGAAUUUAGUAAUUCGCACAGUGCAAAUAUUUAAAUGGUAUGGAAUAUUUUAAAUAUU